AUGUCCCCAGAUCAGCCCCAAGUCACUUCACCUCCUCCUACGUCUCCUCGCAAGCACUACACCGAUAAUUCUGAUGAUUCAGAUCAUGAGCCUGCCCCCAAGAAACCUGCUAACAUUCCUCCCAUCCCAAGAUGUGAACUAUGCAAACAGAGAAAGGUUAAAUGCGACAGAGGUCAGCCAUCUUGUGGCUGGUGUAAACGUAACUCGGUGCCCUGCGAAUACCGCGAGAGGAAGAAGCCUGGCUUGAGGGCGGGUUAUGGCCGGGAGCUAGAACAGCGCCUGGAUAAACUGGAAGAAAUUCUCAGGUCUCAUUCUGAAAUUCUUCAACACGGCUAUGUCAGUAACAGCCUCAACAAUGCCUCCCAUAGUGUCCGAACCAGCAUCCCGAGCAUCCCGAGUAUCCCGAGUGACUCGGGGACUCCCCGGGAGCCAGCUUCAGUGUUCCGUCAGAACGACCCCGUGAGAACUCCUCGCGCAGAGACAGCCCUCUUCUUGCAGAAGCCCUCUUCAUUCCCGCCCGUGACGCAGAGCAACGACUUUGGCUUACCGCCACCAACCCCGUCGAUACAUUCCAUGUCUGAUGCCUUCCAUUCACAUAUGCCAUUAUCUGGAAUAUCACCGACAAGUCAAAUGCAAGGCUUACAACCAAGUGCAGCAACACAAGAAUACUAUGGAAACCAUCAGACUCAAUCUCCUGGUAUGGCCAUUAACCAUGGUCAAACGCAUCUUUCAGCGGACCAGGACCUUCCUCCCUAUGAUCUACUUUAUGCGCUAGCAGACUUGUAUUUCAAACACAUAAACACUUGGUGUCCAAUCCUGCACAGGAAAUCAACACUGGACACAUUAUUCGGCAGUUCCACCCUGGACGAGACGGACAGGGUGCUCUUACAUGCCAUAGUAGCCACAACUUUGCGGUACUCUACAGACAGCCGGCUUACGGAAGAGCGAAGGCGUCAUUACCAUGCCAUUUCAAAACAAAGAGUACUUCUCUAUGGCAUGGAGAAUUCAUCCAUCAAGGCCUUGCAAGCCCUGGUUAUCCUAGCACUCGAUCUUUGUGGAGACAGUAAUGGACCGCCGGGCUGGAACAUUAUGGCACUCAUCACAAGAUCUGUGGUUCAGAUUGGUUUGGCAGUGGAAACGAGUUCAUUCUCAGUCUCGCCAAACUAUGCUUCCAUCUACACGCUCAGAGCCAUGAUUCUUCCAGAGCCAAAAGACUUCAUCGAGGACGAGGCCCGCCGAAGGCUCUUCUGGAUGGUCUAUCUUCUUGACCGUUAUGCAACGCUUGCUACUGCAUUUGAGUUUGCUCUUGACGAGAAGGAGAUUGAUCGAACUCUGCCGUGUAGAGAUGAUUUGUGGGUAAAGAACCAGAGAGUGGAGACGAGAUGGUUCCAACCCGAGAAUCACCCAUCAGAUCUGCCCGAUCAUGACACCAAUAAGCCCGAGAAUCUCGGUGCCUUCUCGUAUUAUAUCGAGAUACUUGGAAUAUUGUCCAAGAUCCACAAAUUUUUGAAGCAACCGGUGGAUAUCAGCGCACUGAGUGACGUUGAACAAUGGCAGAUGAGAUACAAAGAUCUCGAUAACCUCCUCACAUCGUGGAAGUUUGGCCUCCCGGGUGAAUAUGGCAACAUGGCCAAAUUAUUCCAGCCUGGUUGCUCCAAAACCCUGAACUGUGGUUGGAUCAUGCUGCAUGCCACUUACCACACUGCCGUCAUUAGACUGCACUCGUCGGCAGCCUACCCGACCACCAGGUCACCAAUCUUUACGCCCUCAUACUCUGCUAGUCAGCGCUGUCACGGCGCCGUAGAGAACAUUGCAGCAUUGGGAGAAUACGUGGUCCAGAAUGGUAUGCUCCCCAAACUGGGCCCUCCGUUUGCCUUCACCCUUUGGGUCUCUGCUCGUCUCCUGUUGGUGCACGGCUCAACCGUCGAACACAAGCUAUCACCUCAGAUCGCCUUCCUCGUUGACACACUGCGGGAGAUGGGCAGGUACUGGCCAGUUGCCGCUCGAUAUUGCCAACUUCUUCAACGUGUUCUUGAUGAGCAUAGCGACAGCGAGCGAGCCGUCGGGACCACUGGCGAAAGGGUGACACCUUCGUCGGUCAGGAUUUUGGCAGACAUGCGGAGAACCGCCUUUGAUCUCGACUUUCUUAUUAGUCGACAGCCAGGACAUAUUGCAGGUGGGCCAAGCCGAAUGCCCAGCGUCACCCCAGCCAGGACACCUGCGGCCAAUGAGCUCGAAUAUCUCGACGUGUUUGAUUUCUUCAAUGUCCCGCGGCUUCCCUUCAAUGCCGGUGACAAUGGGCCGACCAAUGGUGGUGGUGGUGGUGGUGGCGGCGGCGGCGGCGGCAAUAAUGGGAAUGGAAACGACAUGAAUAUUGACCAAAUGGACGGCAAUGGCGUUAACCAAAACGGCGCGGCCAAUGAGUUCAAUAUUACAAACUUCAUGGUCGAUGCAAACAGCGAUUGGCUGUUCAAGCAACCUACGCUGAGCAACUAA